AUGCAGACCGUGCCAGCACAUGCCGACCCCCGUCCAUCUCCACUGGGUAAGCAGGCCUUCGACUUCGGGUGUGACGGCGGUGGUGGAAACAUUAUGCACGAAUCUGUCUAUUGGGUGCGAUUAGCUUGGGUGUCACCGGCAUCACUUCGACGCCUUUCGUGGACUAAAGGUCGGACGGCACGGCAAAGAAGCUACCGAAUGCCAUCAUCUGCUUGCACGAGGAGGAUAACGGAAUCGGCUGGAACACCUAUUCAGGCGCACCGGCGCCGUGGCAUCCUGCAACCGGGAACUAAUCGCAAUUUAUCAUCACGCUGGCCAACCACGAGUACGCGUUUGCCUGUCUUCGACCUUUGCGGUAUCACCGUGUGGAGUCGCGCGCAACUGGUACCUGAACGUGGUCAACAUCGACGCUUUGGCAAGCGCAGCGUUACUGCUAGCAGACCCAACCGGAUCCUGCGCCGUUGCCAGUUCGCGCAGCACCAUGUCUGCGACUCCGGUACCGCGACUGGAGCUGUACGCCGGAGGACGGUACACACACCCGCAAAGUCAGCAGGAGAUGAGCAUCGGAUGCGGUCGACGCAUGAGAUGAGAUUCAGUGGACGACACACGACCGGUGGUGGAGUUUUCCGGAAUCAACCCGCGCGUGGAAGAUUGGCCUGUGAUCUAUGA